AUGGAAUUUAGCGGUGGAUGCGGAGGCGGUGGCUCCGGCGAUGACCAUCACGACGCCUCUGACCCUCACCGGAGAAAAAAACGAUAUCAUCGACACACUGCCCACCAAAUUCAGAGGCUUGAAGCAAUGUUCAAAGACUGUCCCCACCCAGAUGAGAAGAUAAGAUUGCAGUUAAGCAGAGAGUUAAAUUUGCAUCCAAGGCAGAUUAAAUUUUGGUUUCAAAACAGAAGGACUCAAAUGAAGGCACAAUUUGAAAGAGCAGAUAAUUGUGCACUCAGAGCAGAGAAUGAUAAAAUUAGAUGUGAAAAUAUAGCUAUCAGAGAGGCACUCAGAAAUGUGAUCUGCCCUACUUGUGGAGGGCCUCCAGUUACAGAAGAUUCAUAUUUCGACGAGGAAAAAUUACGAAUCGAAAAUGCUCAGUUAAAAGAAGAGCUGGACAGAAUUUCAAGCAUUGCAGCCAAGUACAUAGGGAGGCCUAUUUCACAACUGCCACCAGUGCAGCCUAUUCAUGUAUCUUCAUUGGAUUUAUCCAUGGCAAGUUUUUCGGGCCAUGGGAUGUUGCCUGGACCGUCCCUUGACCUUCAUCUUCUUCCUGGAAGUUCGACUAACAUUUCCAAUUUACCUUUCACAACAAUGAGCAUUUCUGAUAUGGAUAAAUCCCUUAUGGCUGAUGUUGCUGGAAAUGCCAUGGAUGAAUUGAUUAGGCUCUUGCAAGCCAAUGAACCUCUUUGGAUGAAGUCAAAAAACGAUGGCAGGGAAAUACUUAAUCUCGAAAACUAUGAAAGGAUUUUCCCUAGACAUAAUAAUCAGUUGAAAAAUCCCAACAUUCGGAUUGAGGCCACCAGAGAUUCAGGUGUCGUGAUAAUGAAUGGUUUGGCAUUGGUAGACAUGUUUAUGGAUGUGAAUAAGUGGAUGGAAUUAUUUCCUACAAUUGUUUCAAAGGCAAGAACAGUUGAAGUACUAUCUUCUGGAAUGCUGGGAAGCCCAAGUGGUGCAUUGCAAUUGAUGUACGAAGAAUUGCAGGUUCUUUCGCCACUGGUUCCGACCAGGCAAUUCUAUUUUCUACGUUUCUGUCAGCAAAUCGAGCAGGGCAUAUGGGCAAUUGUCGAUAUUUCUUAUGAUCUUCCUCAUCAAGAGAAUCAAUUUGCUUCAUGUAAAACUCAUAGGCUUCUUUCUGGAUGCUUAAUACAAGAUAUGCCUAACGGUUAUUCUAAGGUAACUUGGGUGGAACACUGGGAAAUAGAAGAUAUAGCUCCAAUCCAUAGGCUUUGUGUUGAUAUUAUUCAUGGUGGACUGGCAUUUGGAGCCGGAAAAUGGCUUUCGAGUCUGCAAAGGAUGUGCGAGAGAUACGCUUGUCUGAUGGGUACCAGCAACUCGACUUGUGAACAAGUUGGAGUAAUUCCUUCACCUGAAGGGAAGAGAAGCAUGAUGAAACUGGCACAGAGGAUGGUUAACAACUUCUGUGCAAGCCUAAACCCUUCUAAUGGCCAACAAUGGAGCACGCUUUCAGGGUCAAAUGAGUUUGAAGUCCGAGCAACGCUUCAUAAGAGCACCGAUCCGGUCCAGCCUAACGCUAUGGUACUCAGUGCCGCUUCUACAAUUUGGCUUCCCAUUCCUCCAGAAAAUGUGUUCAGUUUCUUCCGGGAUGAGAGUACUCGACCUCAGUGGGACGUUCUUUCCAAUCAAAAUCCAGUUCAAGAGGUGGCUCACAUUGCGAAUGGCUCUCAUCCAGGGAACUGCAUAUCUGUUCUUCGGGCAUUAAACACUAGCCAGAGCAACAUGUUGAUACUCCAAGAAAGUUGCGUAGACUCAUCAGGAUCACUUGUUGUGUACUGCCCUGUUGACUUACACCACAUCAACGUAGCCAUGAGCGGCGAGGAUCCCUCAUGUAUACCUUUGCUACCAUCGGGACUAACCAUUUCACCCGAUGGCAGGCCUGAUCAAGAAAUAGGUGGUGUUGGUGGUGGAGCCUCAACGAGUUCAAAUACUGGCAGUGUUGGUGGUAGGCUAUCAUCAGCAGGUUCACUUAUUACAGUCGUGUUUCAAAUACUUGUAAGCAGCUUGCCAUCUGCUAAACUGAGCCCUGAAUCAGUCACGACUAUUAACAACCUUAUCAGCAACACUGUCCACCAAAUUAAAGCUGCCUUGAAUUGCACUACUUCCGGAUGA